AUGGACUUACACCGGGCAGCCUUCAAGAUGGAGAACUCAUCCUACCUCCCCAACCCGCUGGCAUCCCCAGCACUGAUGGUCCUGGCGUCCACGGCUGAGGCUAGCCGUGAUGCUUCCAUCCCUUGUCAGCAGCCACGACCCUUCGGUGUACCUGUCUCGGUAGACAAGGACGUGCAUAUUCCAUUCACCAAUGGUUCCUACACCUUUGCCUCUAUGUACCAUCGGCAAGGUGGGGUGCCGGGCACUUUUGCCAAUCGUGAUUUUCCCCCUUCUUUACUACACCUCCACCCGCAGUUCGCGCCCCCAAAUCUAGAUUGCACCCCAAUCAGUAUGCUGAAUCAUAGUGGAGUGGGGGCCUUCCGUCCCUUUGCUUCCACUGAGGACCGGGAGAGUUAUCAGUCAGCCUUUACGCCGGCCAAGCGACUUAAAAACUGCCAUGACACAGAGUCUCCCCACUUGCGCUUCUCAGAUGCAGAUGGCAAGGAAUAUGACUUUGGGACACAGCUGCCAUCUAGCUCCCCCGGUUCACUUAAGGUUGACGACACUGGGAAGAAGAUUUUUGCUGUCUCUGGCCUCAUUUCGGAUCGGGAAGCCUCAUCUAGCCCAGAGGAUCGGAAUGACAGAUGUAAGAAAAAGGCAGCAGCACUGUUUGACAGCCAGGCCCCUAUUUGCCCCAUCUGCCAGGUCCUGCUGAGGCCCAGCGAGCUGCAGGAGCAUAUGGAACAAGAACUGGAGCAGCUGGCGCAGCUGCCUGCCAGCAAGAAUUCCCUUCUGAAGGAUGCCAUGGCUCCAGGCACCCCCAAGUCCCUCUUGUUGUCUGCUUCUAUCAAGAGGGAAGGAGAGUCUCCGACAGCAUCACCACACUCGUCUGCCACCGAUGACCUGCACCACUCAGACAGAUACCAGACCUUCUUGCGAGUGCGAGCCAACCGGCAGACCCGACUGAAUGCUCGGAUUGGGAAAAUGAAACGGAGGAAGCAAGAUGAAGGGCAGGUAUGUCCCCUGUGCAGCCGCCCCCUGGCAGGAUCGGAGCAGGAGAUGAGUAGGCAUGUGGAGCAUUGCCUUUCUAAGAGGGAAGGCUCCUGCAUGGCUGAGGAUGAUGCCGUGGACAUCGAGCAUGAGAACAGCAACCGCUUUGAGGAGUAUGAGUGGUGCGGGCAGAAGCGGAUACGGGCCACCACUCUCCUGGAAGGUGGUUUCCGAGGCUCUGGCUUCGUCAUGUGCAGCGGCAAAGAGAAUCCGGACAGUGAUGCUGACUUGGAUGUGGAUGGGGAUGACACUCUGGAGUAUGGGAAACCACAAUACACGGAGGCCGACGUCAUCCCCUGCACAGGCGAGGAGCCCGGUGAAGCCAAGGAGAGAGAGGCACUCCGGGGCGCAGUCCUAAAUGGUGGCCCUCCCAGCACACGCAUCACACCUGAGUUCUCUAAAUGGGCCAGUGACGAGAUGCCAUCUACCAGCAACGGUGAGAGCAGCAAGCAGGAGGCCAUGCAGAAGACCUGUAAGAACAGUGACAUCGAGAAAAUCACCGAAGAUUCAGCUGUGACCACGUUUGAGGCCCUGAAGGCUCGGGUCAGGGAACUUGAGCGGCAGCUAUCCCGUGGGGACCGUUACAAAUGCCUCAUCUGCAUGGACUCAUACUCGAUGCCCCUAACGUCCAUCCAGUGUUGGCAUGUGCACUGUGAGGAGUGCUGGCUGCGGACCCUGGGUGCCAAGAAGCUCUGCCCUCAGUGCAACACCAUCACAGCGCCCGGAGACCUGCGGAGAAUCUACUUGUGAGCUAGCCACCCCAGGCAG